AUGCCGGAUACAACGCCAAUGCUGCUUGCUGUACAAGGUACAUCGCAAGUCCAUCUGAUUAUUGGCUCGAAUUCAUUGGCAGCUGCUCGCUGUAUCAAGAGUCUGGAGUCUGGCGCACAGCCAGUGAUCGUCGCUCCCGAGACUGCCGAUAUACAUUUCUCACUGAAAGACCGCUGCGAACAAGGCGCAGUUCAAUGGAUAAAAAGGGACUUUCAAGAUGACGACUUGAAGACACUAGGCCGUGAAGAGGUUGAUCAUGUCGUUGAUAUGGUAUUCGUCACGUUGGGUGGCGAACAUACUCUCAGCACGCACGUAUCUCAAAUAUGCAAACGUUUAAGAAUUCCAGUCAAUGUGACCGAUGCCCCCGAUUUGUGCUCUUUCACAUUACUCUCAACAUACUCUGACGGGCCUUUACAUAUCGGAAUUACUACCUCUGGCCGAGGAUGCAAGCUUGCAUCGCGACUGAGACGAGAAAUUGCCUCUUCACUUCCGGCCAACCUCGGAAAGUCAAUUGACCGACUGGGCACCAUAAGACGACGAUUAUGGGAAGAAGAUAAUGUAUCAGAUCAGCAAGCAUCGAAACUCGAAGUUGAAGAUGAGGACCUAGCAACCCAAAGUCAUACAUUUAACAAAUUAAUUACCAGUGAAGACGCACAAACAGCCAAGACCAGGAGGAUGAGGUGGCUCGCUCAGAUUUGCGAGUACUGGCCGUUACAACGACUCGCAUCAAUAUCUGAUUCCGACAUUGACAGCAUUCUCACGGCUUAUUCUCGUGAACGCACCAAUGAUUCUGUUGCACUUGCAAAUGGUGCUUUCCAGCAUCUUAGAAAAGGAAAGAUAGUUCUUGCAGGGUCUGGCCCAGGACAUCCAGGCAUGCUUACGCGAGCAACGUUUCAUGCGAUCACACGUGCGGACAUCAUUCUGGCUGACAAACUUGUCCCGGCGGCGGUCUUGGAUCUAAUUCCCCGACGGACAGAAGUCCACAUAGCCCGCAAAUUCCCGGGGAAUGCAGAUCAAGCACAGGAGGAAUUCUUACAGAUGGGCUUGAAAGCGUUGCGAGAAGGAAAAUAUGUCCUUCGGUUGAAGCAAGGUGACCCUUACCUUUACGGGCGCGGUGCUGAGGAGUACUCCUUUUUCCGGGAUGAAGGAUACAUCCCUAUAGUUCUCCCGGGCAUAACUAGUGCCUUGAGCGCACCGCUAUUCGCCGACAUUCCAGCAACGCAUCGUGGUGUCUCAGAUCAGGUUCUUGUAUGUACUGGAACUGGUCGAAAAGGCGCGGCUCCAGAGCCCCCGACCUAUGUUGCUACACAGACUGUGGUCUUCUUGAUGGCGCUUCACAGACUUGCUGGCCUAGUCGAGAGCCUGACAAUGAAAACUUCUUCAGAAGCUGGAAGCAAUCGAACACUCUGGCCGAAGUGUACUCCGUGCGCUGUCGUUGAACGAGCCUCUUGUCCAGAUCAGCGGAUUAUUCGCACUACUUUGGAACAUGUGUGCCAGGCAGUGGAGUGCGAGGGGUCUCGGCCUCCUGGCUUACUGGUUGUAGGUGCAAGCUGCCAUGUCAUUCAUACCCCAGAAGGACAAAAAUGGGUGGUUGAAGAUGGGUUUAGAGGGCUAGAUGAACUUGGAGUUGAGGGGGAUUUGCUCACUGAUGAAGUGAAAGUCACAGAGGCCACUAACAACAUAUAG